AUGGCAGACAAUCCGGAGCUCGAAUCGUUCCGCCGCAAGUGGCGCGAGGAAGUUGCUGGUCGAUCUAAACCCAGAGCUACCCCUCCAUCUGUGGCCCGGGACUCGCAACCAACGAGAUUUCCACUAAGGCACCAUGAGGUGUCUCACCGCAAGGACUUGGAAGAAGAGGGGCCCCCGCCGGGAUCUUUUGAUCCGGAAGAGCUGGCCCAGCAGGUUGGGGAGCUGACCGUGGAACCAAAGGAAGAGCAUGAAGAAGAUGGAUUUACCAGAACGGAUCAUCAUGAACCUCGCUCAGCCCUGGAGCAUUUUGAGCGGGCUGUCGAGAAGGAAGCUGCGGGCAACCUGGGGGAUAGCUUGCAGCAUUACCGUAGAGCUUACCGGCUAGACGCAAGUGUAGACAAGUCUUACCGGAACAAGCACUAUGCUCAUGUGUGGAAAAAGCCCACACAGCCUGCCCCCGGAGCAGAUGAUGUACCUGCGACGACUGCGGCCCCCGUUGAAAUCAAAAACAUCCCCACGAAUGAGCUGAUUGAAUCAUUCGCCCAAUUGCCUAUCCCUCAGGCGGAACCGCUCGUCGAAAAUUCACCACCACCGCCAUGUCCUAUUGCAAAGAUGCCCUCCGAAGUCAUAAGUGAGAUUCUGCGAUAUGUUGCGCUGCAGGAUCCGGCCACCUUCGGCCGUGUGGCUUUGGUUUGCAAGCGGCUGGCAUAUCAUUUUGCCCAUGAACAACCGAUCUGGAAAGCGGUUUGCCAGAGCUCCAAAUUUGGAUUCGCUGGAAUGCAUUACGCAUUUGCCUGUGAUAUUCAUGGACUUCCAAUCUACACUCUGGAUGGCUCACGGUACACCCCAUUCCCGGAAGGAGUUCCUUUGGAGAUACCCAAACCCCUUUCUUCAUGGAGUCAAGUAUUCCAGUCUUUCCCACGAAUUCGGUUCUCUGGAAUCUACAUCAGUACAGUCAACUACACCCGAGACGGUGCCCAGUCAAGUUACCAGACUGUAUCCUGGAAUAGUCCCAUCCACAUUGUGACCUAUUACCGCUACCUUCGAUUCUACCCUGACGGAUCUAUCGUUUCCCUGCUUUCAACCACAGAGCCUGUCGACGUGGUGCCACACAUUAACAAGGAAAACAUGAUGGCCGCCCGAGCUACCUCACACAAGCAACAUCAGCGGCAGCUUGCGGAGCAGGGUCAGUCACUAUCCGGUGCAACCGAUCCCGUACCUGCAGCUGCGAUGAAUGCGCUGAGACAUGCCCACCGUGGCCGUUGGUGCCUGACUUCACCCGUUUCUCGCUCGGAAAACUCGCCUGAAGAGCAGAAUCCAGCGGCAGGUCUACGUGGGCCCGAGGAAUCCUCCGAUCCACGAGAUAUCAUUAUCGAAACGGAGGGUGUUGAGCCGAAGUAUGUCAAUAUUAUGCACUUGAGCUUGCGGUCUCCGUCUGCAUCCAAGUCCCACGUGAACCCGUCAAAGAAUACUAAACUAGUCUGGCGCGGCUACUGGGGCCACAACACGCUCACUGAUGAUUGGGGAGAGUUUGGUCUUCGCAACGAUCGAGCAUUUGUUUUUCGACGCGUGAGAGGCUGGGGCCUCGACUGA